AUGGUUCUAAUUUCCUCUUCCUGGUGGGCGGCAGGCGGACGUGUGGGCCGGCUCACUAUAUGGCAAAGGGCCCAGCUUCCUGGGCCCAGAGCAGUGCAGGGCUUGAGAAAGAAGUGUCACAAGACGGUGCAUGCUCUCCAGCAUAAGUUGCUGAAAACCUUUAGAGAUGCUGAGUUCCUCUACAUGCUGACCGAGGCUUGUCUCCAUGGCGAUGUGUACAGCCUGCUCAGAGAGAAAGGACGUCUGGACGAGAGCAGCGCCAAGUUCUACACGGCUUGUGUGGCGCAGGCCUUGGCCUUUCUUCACAGUCGAAAUGUGGUCUAUAGAGACGUCAAGCCUGAGAAUGUGGUGGUGGACGAGCGCGGUUAUGCCAAACUGGUGGGCUCCAGAAGUUUGAAGAAGGUGGAAGUGGGUAAGAAGACGUACACUUUCUGUGGUAGUCCAGGCUACAUGGCCCCUGAAGUCAUCCUGAAGAAAGGUCACAGUGUUUCAGCAGACUUCUGGUCCUUGGGAGUUUUGCUGUUUGAACUUCUGACUGGCAGGCUUCCGUUCAGUGGCGCUGAGCCGAUGAGGAUUCUGAGCGAGACGGUGCGCGGUAUCGAUCACGUGGACUUCCCUAAAGCAAUCAGCAAGAGUGCCUGCGUCCUCAUAAAGAAACUCUGCAGGCACAAUCCCUCAGAGAGGCUCGGCAGUCUGAGAAACGGGGCCAAGGACAUUCAGAAGCACAAAUGGUUUGAAGGAUUCGACUGGGAUGGACUCAGUAGAGGAACACUAAAUCCACCACUCCCCCCCAAAGUGAAAGAGGCUUUACACAGCAGCAGUGCAUGUGGUGACUAUGCAGGAGGCGCAGCAGAGAUGUGCACAAUAUGGCAAGACUUCUGAUAGACUGCCACCACAACGUGUUAUACUAUCAGCAGAUAUUGUUAGCAUCUCUCGUUGGCGGAGGUGUUUUUUUCCAAUGAAAAAUUAUAUGCUACUGCCGUGUAUGUCAUUACA